AUGCAGGCUGACAACGUGAGGGAUCGUCUCAUUGCGACGGGAGCCCAACUAUUAGGCCGUGUGUUGACUAACCUCCUCUCUAGGAACUUGGAAAUGGGGGAUAACUCCUCUCCGGGGGAUAACUCCUCUCGGGGGGGUCCCAGAAGCAGGGACCCGCACCUGUCCGAGCCCAACAUGAGGUCAGAGGCCAUGCGGCUAGCGACGUUCCAGCUUUGGCCGGACAGCGCCGCCGUCUCUCCGUUUGACCUGGCUGCGGCUGGCUUCUUCUUUGUAGGGCCCGGCGACCGAGUGGAGUGCUUCUGCUGCGGCGGGGUGUUGUACGAGUGGCUGGCCGAGGACGACCCUGUGGCGGAGCACAAGAAGUUCUUCCCACGGUGUCCUUUUAUCCGGGGCAAGGCUGCGGGAAGCCGGCAGGGCCGCUCGGACAGGGAGCUCCUAGACUGCGUGGACGGACAGUUUCUCGGCAUGCUGCAAAGUUUGGGCAUGGAAGAAGCCCUCGUGGACAGCCCGCCGGAAUAUCCGGACAUGGAGAUGGAAGGGGAUCGGUUGGGGACGUUUGACACCUGGCCGUACUAUGCUCAGGUGUCUCCUGAGUCAUUGGCCAGAGCAGGCUUCUUUUACACAGGUGAUGGAGAUUAUGUGCGCUGCUUCCAUUGUGAUGGUGCUUUGAGGAACUGGGAACGUGGCGACGACCCCUGGAUGGAGCAUGCUAAAUGGUUUCCAAGGUGCAAAUUCCUGCUACAGUCCAGAGGGCAAGACUUUGUAAACAGCGUUCAAGAAUCUUAUCUUAGUGCUCUUGCGUCUUCAGAAGACCCCUCGAACCAGGCCGAGCAACAACCCUCGAGCUUUGAAGACUCUUCCCCACAGCUGACCUCCAUGGUGCAAAGUGCCCUCCAGAUGGGCUUUCCCCAGAACUUGGUGACAGGUUUGCUGCAGAACAAAUACCAGCAGACGGGGGCUAGUUAUUCAUCUUUGUCUGAACUGGUACUGGAUUUGCUUGAGGCAGUGCAGGAUCAAGGCAUCCAGGCAGAGUCGUCGAGAGAGCCAGCUCAAAGAGAACCAGAGCCGGGCAGGAUGAGAAGAGAGGCAGAACCCAAACAGCCCAGUGAAGGAGAAUCUGCCUCAAACGUGGAGGACCAGCUGCGCCGUCUGCAGGAGGAGCGCAUGUGCAAAGUGUGCAUGGACAAAGAGGUUUCCAUUGUGCUCGUACCUUGUGGCCACUUAGUGGUGUGUGCUGAUUGCGCUCCCAAUCUGCGGCGCUGCCCGAUCUGCAGAGGAACCAUCCGGGAUACUAUGAGGGCGUUCAUGUCCUGA